AGCCGAGCGGGGAGCGGAGAGUCUUCACGCACAGCUGGACACACAUCGUUCACUUUCACUGCUGUAACUCCGCGGAAAAAAAUCGUAAUUUCCCUGUCCGGUCAGGCACAUUUAGCGGAACUCUGCUGGAAUAUAGCUCGGGAAACUUUGGUCUUGAACACACCAGAACACCGAGGACAAACAAGCUUGGAUUCAAACCCACACAACCCGGACCAGAUCAAGGCCCGAUGUGUGCAUGUGUGUGAGCAUGUGUGUGUGAGGUCCUUGAAGUGUGUAUUUUCAAUACUUUUGAGAGAGUGAUCGUCUUGUGUGUGUGAGUGAGAAGAUGAGGGCUGUCGCAGCCCUUCUAUGUUUCCUGAUGUUCGCUGGGGUCGGAGCCUCCAGGUUCGCCCGCGACACCCAGGGUGGCCCGGAGGCUUCAGAACCCUCCAAGAGCAACGCUUCCGUCCUGCUUCAACCCCCGCAGCAGGGCCGUCCGAGGGGCUCCUUCCCCCCCAUGUGCAUAAAUCCCACGGAGAUAAAGCAAGCCUUCAAGUAUGUGAACACCAUCGUGUCCUGCCUGAUCUUUGUGGUGGGGAUCAUCGGCAACUCUACGCUGCUAAGGAUCAUAUAUAAGAACAAGUGCAUGAGGAAUGGACCCAAUGUCCUGAUUGGCAGCCUGGCUCUGGGGGACCUGCUUUAUAUCAUCAUCGCCAUCCCAAUCAAUGUGUUUAAGCUAAUAGCCGAGGACUGGCCGUUUGGCGUGUACAUCUGUAAGUUGAUGCCGUUUAUCCAGAAAGCUUCAGUUGGAAUCACCGUGCUCAGCCUGUGUGCCCUCAGUGUCGACCGCUACCACGCCGUGACUUCAUGGAGCAGGGUGAAGGGGAUGGGGAUCCCUCUGUGGAAAGCGGUGGAGGUUACGCUGAUAUGGCUCGUGGCUGUGGCGCUCGCGGUCCCUGAGGCGCUGGCCUUCGACAUGCUGGAGAUUCCGUACAGAGGCAACAAGUUGCGCGUGUGUCUGCUGCACCCAGAACAGACAGGCAGCUUUAUGAAGUUCUACCAUGACAUGAAAGACUGGUGGCUGUUUGGCUUCUACUUCUGCUUCCCACUGGCCUGCACAGGAGUCUUCUACACCCUCAUGUCCUGUGAGAUGCUCAGUCGCAAGAAAGGAAUGCGCAUUGCACUCAAUGACCACAUGAAACAGCGGAGGGAAGUAGCGAAGACGGUUUUCUGCCUCGUGUUGAUCUUCGCUCUCUGCUGGCUGCCACUCCAUCUGAGUCGGAUUCUGAAGAAAACUCUUUACGACGAAAAUGACCCAAACCGCUGUGAACUGCUCAGCUUCCUGUUAGUGAUGGAUUACAUCGGCAUCAACAUGGCCUCCCUAAACUCCUGCAUUAACCCCAUCGCGCUCUACUUUGUCAGCCAGAAGUUUAAAAACUGCUUCAAGUCUUGCUUGUGCUGCUGGUGCUACAGAACAUCUCCCCUAGAUGAACGAGGCUCGGGGGGGCGCUGGAAGGGCUCUUGUCACGGAAACGGGCUGGACCGCUCCAGCUCCCGCUCCAGUCAAAAAUACACAAGCUCUUCAUAAACACACAUACGCAUUUUCUGCCAAAUCCUGUGUUCACGUCAGCGCCCAUCACAGAAAAACACUGCCAGAAAACCGGUUAGGAGGGAGGAAAUGGAGAAGGACUCACUGAAGGAAAGAUGGAGGAAGAAAUAGGACUGUACAUGAUCAGGCUGCAAAAACGUAUGAAGCCUUACAUCUGUUAAUAAUCUGACACUGAGGCUGUUAUAGAGCUCUGAAGUCUCUACAUUUAUAUAGACUGUUUAUUAAAGCCGCAUGUAAAUGUAUGUACCGGAUUAUUUACAAGCAGACCUACGAUUAUACCUAACCUUAUGUAUGAAUAACAGCUGCAAUACUCAAGCUUUAAUACCUCACAGUGAAGGGAAACUAACGCUGACUUAGUCUCCAAAAAUGAUGUUGUUCUUUUUACAUACACAACGGUGCCUCUGCAAUAUAACAAAAUCAAACGCUUUUAUCCGAAAAUAACAACUGUCGCUGAGCUGAUCCCAUGCUGCCCGGUGACAUCAUACCAGAGUAAAAAGGGCCCUGCUGUCAUGUGUGGAGCCAAAAGUCGGAAAUCUUUUAUCUGGAAGUCAUGGACGCCUGAAGUCAUGAGGAGGCCAGCUGUUGUCUUAGAACGCUGACAAAUACCAGAUGACUCCAAUCAUGCCACACAGAGGAGGUCAUUCAUAAGUACUUUUAUUAUUGCAGUAUUCAAGCUGUUGUACGCGUUUUCCACUGUGUAUAAAGUCUUAACCCGUCCUUUAUUAUAAUGUAGCUUCUAUUUUUAUAAGUAUUACGAAACACGUGGAUAUUGUUCAACGUGAGGUGUUCAUCUGUUAUUUCGGUUCCCGUAGCUGCUGGAAAGGACUUCUGAGAGCGGGAAACAUUUACGAAACUUGACCCAUUUCGAAAGAGUUAGGAAGGAAGAAGUAAAUCCUGUACAGCUGGAUGUGUUCAAGAAGUAAUUGUUUUUGGUCACUGUGUAAAGUUCAUAGAAGUUAUUUAGAUACUUUUUUUGCAUCAAAUAUAAUCCUGGUAAUCCAUUUGCUUAACCAACAUGAUUAUCAUCAAAGGAGUUCAUAAUGAGAAAUUAUUUAUGAAGGCUGUAGAACAGAAGGAUGAAUUUGUUCCUAAUAUUUUACGAUUAACUUCAUGAUCUGUAGCUAGAAGUAGCUGCAAGCCCUCGGUGGUCUUGUACUUGUGACAAAUCUUGUGAUACCAGCGCAUCAUGAAAUAACCUUUUUUAAAUAAUUGUAACUGAUUUUAAACCACCUUCAACAUGACCAGAAGUGAGAUAUACUUUUGAUACAAACACAAGAUGAAUCUUCUUUUAGCUCUCAGUACAUCGUGAAAAUAAUGUAAUCCUCUCAUAGUUUUAAGUGUCAAACUAAAGAGGAAAUGUGCCUUUUUUCCAAACGUGCUGAUAACCAGACAAGGUGUUCGUUCACACUGAAGCAUUUUAAACUCUUUUUGAUACAAGCUAUAAAUAAAUGUACAGUGAAAAUAUGUCCAUUGAGUGCUCAAAUCAACUGAUCAUGUAGCAUGUGUCUAAUGAACUCAUCAUGAGUGUUUGUGCCAUCUUUGUGCUGCUUUAGGCUACAGAUAGAGAUGAAGGUCUGAGCAGCUUUGUGACUUCCUCUAUAGACACUGAGGUAAUUUCAGGUUAAAGAUCAAAUGUAAUGUGAAUAUCAGCCCCGGUAUUUUUAAAUUACAUUUAUACCGUACUUAUUUGUUGGAGUAUGCUGUAAUAAAUAUUAUUUUAUAGCA